UAGCUAGAGCAUCGUGUUAAACCCAUGGAGCCAUGGAGUCAAAUGAGAGCAGCUCAAGCGAGCAUUUGAGCUCUCUUUUUGAGCCGAGUGAGGCUGUGGCAGAGCUUGAGGCCGAGAGCGAACCUGAAGCCGAGAGCGAGCCGAGCUUCGCCAGCUACACAUGUCGCCCGCCGACCUCCUGGCACGCGUCUUUCAGCUCCUCGAGGCGACCUCCGCAGGAGUUCCUCCCCGCGGUGUCCAGCCUGCUGCGCACCUUGCAGCUGUCCUUGGCCAUGGGCGAUCUGCCGGAGGCGAUCGAACCAAAUGGGCGAGCCGGGGAGGUGCCGCGGGUGCCAUCGCUACAGACAUUGCUAACGAUGAGGGACGGGGAGGUGGAUGACUUGAUGGGCCGCCCAAGGCGGCCUCAGACCUCCCUCGGCCCCACUUCGACUUUUUCGCCUGACCCGCCCCGCCCCACAAAGUGGAAGGAGGGGAAGGGGAAGGAGGGGAAGGAGCGUCCUGGCAGGAUGCGGCAAGCCAACCAGUUCAGCUUGCAAGCUUUGUCUCUUCGGAAGCCGCAGACCUCAAGCCUCUUGGGUGGUGCCAGCCCCCAAAAAAUGAGCCCGAAAGCGGGCCGCAACCAAGUCCUGCCCUGCAAGUCCUUGGAGCCAAAUCAAGGCGGAAGUGAAGCAGAAGCAACCAGCCCUGGAGUGGCCAAGCCAUUGCCAGCGCCUGGUGAAGCUGGCCACGAGUCCUUGCAGGAGCUGACGGCGGAGUGCCAACGGAGGGGGCUGAGCGUCCCGGAAAAGGCCACCAGGGGGCACCUCAUGCUGCUGAUCCGGGAGGCCAAGAUCACGCCCAUCGACGACACGGUGGUGAUCUACGGGUGCCACAAGGGCCGUCUCUACAAGGAGGUGCCCCAGCAGUACCUGGAUUGGGCCGUCAAGGAGGUGAAAACCAACGAGAAUGCCGGCGAGGAACUGCGGAAACUGGCCAACUGGACCAUGCGCCGCCAGGUCUCCCGAGCAGAAUCUUGAGGUCCGAAAGGCUGGCGCGUUGCAGGCACCUUCUCGCGUUUCCCUGGUUCGGCU